CCCCAUUUCUGGAACGUGAAAGGGAAGGAGUCCCUGAGGGAGGCUCUGAGCCUGCAACCCAACCUCCACCGAGCCAAGAACCUCAUCCUCUUCCUCGGAGACGGAAUGGGAGUUUCCACGGUGACUGCGGCUCGAAUCCUGAAGGGCCAGAUGGACGGGAACCCGGGCGAGGAGACCAUCCUGAAGAUGGAGACCUUCCCCUACGUCGCCCUCUCGAAGACCUACAACGUGGACCAGCAGAUGCCGGACAGUGCAGGCACAGCCACGGCCUACCUGUGCGGCGUCAAGGCCAACUACGGCACCGUGGGCCUGUCAGCCGCCGCUCUCCGGUACCAGUGCAACACCGCCCGCGGCAACGAGGUCACGUCCGUCCUGCACCGCGCCCGGAUGGCCGGUAAGUCUGUGGGCAUUGUUUCCACGGCGAGGGUCCAACACGCCUCACCUGCAGCCGCCUACGCCCACUCGGCCAACCGGGGGUGGUACAGUGACUCCGACCUGCCCCCUGAUGCUGUGAGGGAUGGUUGCAGAGACAUCGCCUACCAGCUCGUACACAACACCGACAUCAAUGUCAUUCUGGGGGGAGGCCGGCUGUAUAUGCUACCCAAUGACACGGCUGAUCCUGAAUACAGUUCCACAAGAGGAGACCGGUUCGACAAGACCAACCUCAUCACAGAAUGGCUGAAAAACAAAAAGGUACGACUACAGGGUUCUUACGUCUGGAACAAAGCUCAGUUCGAUGGCGUGGAUGAGGAGGAGACAGACUACUUGAUGGGGCUAUUUGAGCCAAAGGACACCAGAUAUGAACUGCAGCGUAACCCAGAGACUGACCCCUCCCUGACAGAGAUGGUGGAGAAAGCCAUCAAGAUUCUGCGUAAGAAUCCCAAAGGAUAUUACCUGUUUGUGGAAGAUGAGGGGAGAAUAGACCACGGGCACCAUGGUGGCAGGGCUCUGUUCGCCCUGACGGAGGCUGUGCACUUCGACAAGGCCAUAGAGAGGGCCAUGGACCUGACCAGCGUCCUGGACACUCUGAGUGUGGUCACGGCCGACCACUCCCACGUCUUCACCUUCGGAGGGUACUCCGUCAGAGGGAACCCCGUUUUAGGAUUCUCACGGGUGACAGCUGACGACGACAAGAGCUUCACCACGGCUCUGUACGGAAACGGACCCGGAUAUCAAAUACUUAACGGGACGCGUCUGACUACGACGCCAUUUUGUUCUCUCAUAGAGUUCGGGGAAUACCGGCAACAGGCGGCCGUGCCCCUGGACUCGGAGACGCACGGCUCGGAGGACGUGGCGAUUUACGCGCAGGGGCCCAUGGCGCACCUCUUCCACGGCGUGCAGGAGCAGAGCUACAUCGCCCACGUGAUGGCCUACGCCGCCUGCCUGGAGCCGUACGACGACUGCAUCCUGAAGGACCUGGCCGCGCCCCUGCAGACCACCCUGCUGCUGCUGCCCCUGUCACUCGCCUCCCUGCUCCUCUUCUGAGGCCACCGGGGCUCGCUGUUCUGCCGUUCCGCUGCCGUUAUGCCUUUCAAUCGCAAGCCCAAUGUGACCGGG